UACCAAUCAAUUUCUAACAUAUUAAGGGUACAGUAGUUCUUUUACGCUUAAAUUAAAGAGUUUAAACAACUAUGGACGUUGCUGAUCAAGCAGGCCGAUUACAGAAGUCAGCUGAUCCUAUUGGAGAGAGAGUCCAAAAGUUGUUUAAUGAUUUUUUGGAAGAAUAUUCUGUUGAUGGUGAAAACAAAUAUUUGCAACCGGCCGAAGCUCUUAUUCGUCCAGAGAGAAAUACACUGACAGUUAGUUUCAGUGAUGUUGAAACGUUUAAUCAACAACUUGCUACUUCAAUACAAGAAGAAUAUUACAGGUUAUACCCGUAUCUAUGUCGAGCAGUAAAGAAUUUUGCGCGGGAUCACUACCGGGGAAUCCCCAACAACAAAGAUCUUUACCUUGCGUUGGACGAUGUGUCAACGAGACAAAAGAUUCGCGAAAUGCGAAACAGUCGUAUUGGUUCCCUAAUGCGCAUAAGUGGACAAGUUGUUCGAACACAUCCUGUGCACCCGGAGUUGGUGAGCGGGACGUUUGUGUGUCUUGAUUGCCAGACUGUUAUAAAAGAUGUUGAACAACAAUUCAAGUAUAUGCAGCCGACAAUAUGUCGCAACCCCCAAUGCGGGAACCGAACAAAGUUUUUAUUGGACUCCAAAAAGUCGCGGUUCGUUGAUUUUCAAAAAGUUCGAAUUCAAGAAACGCAAGCAGAACUUCCGAGAGGGUCAAUACCCAGGACAGUUGAGGUUGCAGUUCGAGCUGAAGCUGUAGAAAUGGCACAAGCAGGAGACAGAUGUGAUUUCAUCGGAACUCUUGUAGUCGUGCCUGAUGUUGGACAACUGUGGUCGGCUGGGGCGCGGGCUGAACCCUCGUCUAGGGGGCGUGAGGCAAAUGAAGCAGAAGGUAUCAGAGGAUUAAAAGCACUUGGUGUGAGAGACCUGACAUAUAAACAAGCCUUUCUUGCAUGCCAUAUAACUGCCACAAACCCUACUUUUGGUGGCAAAGAAAUUCGUUCAGACGACCAAACUAUUGAAACAAUUAAAGAUCAAAUGACGGAAACAGAAUGGGAGAAAGUUUACCAAAUGUCUUGUGAUAAAAACUUGUACACAAACCUUUGCAGCAGUCUAUUCCCUACCAUACAUGGCAAUGAUGAGAUAAAACGAGGCAUCUUGCUCCAACUAUUUGGUGGUGUGCCCAAGGUAACAGAGGAAGGGACAACUUUAAGAGGAGAUCUCAAUGUUUGUAUUGUAGGCGAUCCAAGUACAGCUAAAAGUCAAUUCUUAAAACAAGUAGAAGAAUUUUCCCCACGAUCAGUAUACACGAGUGGUAAAGCAUCAAGUGCUGCAGGUCUUACAGCUGCUGUUGUUCGUGAUGAAGAGACAAAUGAAUUUGUUAUUGAAGCGGGAGCUUUAAUGUUGGCUGACAAUGGGGUUUGUUGUAUUGAUGAAUUUGAUAAGAUGGAAUUGAAAGAUCAAGUUGCUAUUCACGAGGCUAUGGAACAACAAACUAUAUCGAUCACCAAAGCUGGCGUAAAGGCCACAUUGAAUGCUCGGACUUCAAUCUUAGCUGCAGCGAAUCCUAUUGGAGGAAGAUAUGACCGUGCUAAGUCACUUCGACAUAAUAUUGCGCUAUCUGCUCCUAUCAUGUCUAGAUUUGAUCUUUUCUUUAUCCUCGUUGAUGAAUGCAAUGAGGUGACGGAUUACGCGAUUGCUCGUCGAAUUAUCGAUUAUCAUUCAAGGUUGGAGGAAUCCAUCAACCGAGUUUAUUCUUUGGAAGAAAUCCAACGAUAUCUCAUCUUUGCUAGAAUGUUCAAACCAACGAUCUCAUCGGAUGCAGAGGAAUACAUGGUGGAUGAAUAUCAGAGGAUGCGGGAGAGAGACAGCUCGGGAGUUGCGAGGUCAUCAUGGAGGAUCACUGUUCGUCAGUUGGAGAGCUUGGUCAGAUUAUCUGAAGCUAUGACGAGACUUCAUUGUUUAGAGGAAGUGUUGCCUAAGCAUGUAAAAGAAGCUGCACGGUUGUUGAAUAAAUCGAUUAUCAGAGUCGAAACGCCGGAUAUUAAUUUUGUUGAGGAAGAUGAGUCUGAUAUGAAAGAGAAUGUUCAACCAACACAACAAGGAACGGAUGGAAACACUGAACCAACACAAGAACCUGCAACGCAGACAACACCAGCGAAGAAAGUGAAACACAUGAGUUUUGAGGAAUAUCGAAAGAUAAGCAACAUGAUUGUCAUCCAUAUGAGACAACAAGAAGAAGAUGAAGAAGCAUCAGAAAACAUGGAGUCUUCUGGAGGGAGCAGAAAAUCCGAGGUUGUGAAUUGGUAUUUGGAACAAAUCGCUGAUGAAUUGGAAACUGAGCAGGAACUUAUGGAGAAAAAGACUUUGGUUGAGAAAGUUCUUCAUAGAUUGAUUCAUAGCGACCACAUUCUUAUUGAGUUGGGAAGCACUGGUUUAAAAGAUGGAGACUCCGAAAGCCAAGAAGAACCAAUACUAGUUGUACAUCCUAAUUAUUUCAUUGAUGACUGAAAUAAUUAGUCAAGAGCUUCUGUUUCUUCUGCCAAAGUUUUGUGAACACCGAAAAUCAUGUUUGGUCAUAACUGCUAAUAUUUGAGCUUUCUAUUGGUCACCACUGCCAAUAUUUAAUAGUUUUUCAUUGGUCAUCACUGCCAAUAUUUGAUAGUUUUUUAUUGGUCAUCACUGCUAAUUUUGGAGUUUUCCAUUGGUCAUCACUGCCAACAUACAAUUAUGCACAUACAAAUAAAUCUGUCUUGUCAUUGUUCCUCUCUUGUUUACGUUUGUAAAUUUGUUGAAUAAAAAUAUUGUAAAACAAAA